CGUCAGCAAAGCCAGGCUAGCAACCACUACAUCCACCGUUGCGUUAGACCAGGCAGAGCAUCUCGACGGAGCCGCGGCGUUGGUCGCGCGUGCAGCAUAGAGGUGAGCCCAAGGGUAGCUUGCAAUCCACUGCUGCCUCCAAAGAUGUGGCUACAAGCCAUCUCGUUAUCACUGCUAGCCGUGUCAAGCCAUGCGCUCACGACGACGGCAGCACAGAGACCGGUGCAAGCCCUACAAAGGUUCCUCGACGACGUAACGACAACGAGCGCCGCGCGCGUCGCGACGGAAGACGGCCAGCUCCACCUCCAACUAACAAAGAAUAUCAGGAGGGGCGACUGCGUCCUCGAGGUGCCCUUGGACGCGUGCGUCACCAUUGAUCGGGCGCGGGCCAUGCCAUGGUUACAAACCGCGGAGGACAAUGCGGGAGAACCGUGGGACCCCUGGUGCGGAGAUGCGUCGUUGCUAGCAGCGUGCUUGCUCCGGGAUGACCUACCGCGGGAGUGGAUCGAAUCGUUACCCCAAGACCUGUGGCUGCCUUUACUUGAUACAAAUGAGCCACCGAGUUGUUCCGCGCGGGACCUAGGGGCGCUCAGAGAAAAUGCGGUUGAUGAUAUGCAGUGGUUAGUAGACAACACGGGCGAAAACUGGGACGACUUCCUACUCGCGCUGGCCUGGGUCAUAUCGAGGAGUGUCGAGGUGCCCGACGUCGGUCUAUGUCUCGCGCCCGGUCUGGAUCUGGUGGAUCACGACGACCUGCUAGAUCCCUUCGAAGAAGAUCUAUUGUGUGAAUUGGGACCGCGGGGCCCGGGCGGCAUACAAUUACCAGGCCGGAAGACCGUGCGGUUUCUGGCGCCCGAAGAUCGCACCAAAGGUGAAAAACUGGUAGCUUCGUACGGCGCCCUUCCCGCCGCUGCGUAUCUUGAAAGGUAUGGAUUUCUGCCUAGGACCGGUGCGGCGAGACGCUUCGCGGCGACGGCGGAGCUGAGAUUUGAGUUACGCGAGGAGGACCGCUUUAUCGAUGAUAAGCUCAACUUGUUAUAUUUGAACGGCGCCAUCGACGGCGAGGAAGUGGACGAUGGUUUUGUGGAGGCCUGUUUAGGUGGCGAGCCGGACCCGGAGGUGCUGCGGUUUUUACGGCUGUCGCUCCUCGAGGGCCCGGACGCCUUUUUGUUGGAGCCCAUCUUCGCGAACGAGGUCUGGAACCACCUGGGCGCGCCUAUUUCUCGCGAUAAUGAGGCUGCCGUAAUAAAAGCGGUGGCGGACGAGGCUGAAGCUGCGCGACAGGGCAUGCUCGUCGCAACGAUUGGUAUUUAUGAGCAGCUGCGAUCGGCGGAGCUCGACGCCCUCGAGGCGACGCAACGGUGGGCCGACGCCGAGGUCCUGACGCUGCCCGCCAAGGAGUACUACCAGGAAAGGCGCCUCAAGUCCCUCGGGUUGGACACGGAGUGGGACGAGGACGAGGGGAACCAGUGGACCGGCUCGAGGGGCGCGGCGUGGUAA